GGUGAAGGAAACUGGGAAGGAGGGAUAGAGAGAGAGGGGAGCAAAGGAGAGAGGCCAUAUGAAACCAGCAGAGCAUAAGCCACGCUUUAUCCUGCCAGUCUGUCCCGCUCUGUGAGCACAGGAAACACGCGACUCCCCCAGCCCUCACUCACUCAUUCAUCACUCUCUUUCACACACUUCUACAGACACACACACAGCGGCUCACCAAGGACUGGAGGAUGGCUGUGUCCAUGAGAAGAAUGAAUGGGUCCUGGAGAGGGAUGGCUCUAGCCCUGCUUCUCUGUACUCUGCUCCUACACAAUGAAAUUCACUGUCAAGAUUCCAUUGAUACACCUUAUACAUCCGAUGCCAAAGAGGGUGCUGCACCCACAGACGCCCCAGGUGCUGCACCCGCAGACACACCGGGGGCUGCACCCACAGACGCCCCAGGUGCUGCACCCACAGACACACCGGGGGCUGCACCCACAGACACACCGGGAGCUGCACCCACAGACGCCCUGGGUGCUGCACCCACAGACGGAACAGGAGUCACAGCCCUCACAGACGACACUCAAGGUACUGGUACUGAUGCCACCAUCGAACCCCAAGCCCCUGUAGACGACAAGGCCACUACCGUCGCUAACUCCACAGCUGACAACACUGCUGGGACCAGUACUCCAGUACCAGACCAGGACACUGCCUUCACCUCCAUGGUGCCAGAGCAUGACCCCUUAGCCACAGGUGACACCUCUGGCACCACAGCUGGACCUGGUGUUGACACACAGGGCACUGAAGCUACUGAUGACCCGGGUGCACCUGUUGUGCUACUGGGGCAUCAGGCCCCUGUUUUUGUUCUUCCCAUUGUUGAGUGUGUGGACAAGGAGGCAGUGAAGGACAAGGACACAGUCAAGGUGGAGCUUGCUUCAGAAACUAGCUGUCCAGUGACCAAGAGAAUCAUGGAGGAUUCAGCCUGGUGCACAGGAGACUGCAACCUUAAACUGUUCCAGGAGGAGAACUCUAACACACUGGUUUUGACACGCGCUAAUGGUGGAGUCAAAGAAUUGUCAGAGAGCCUGAACAGCCAUGACAUCAAGGGCCAGCUGGGUGUGGUGGAGGCAGCUCCUCAGUGGGGUAAACACUCUUCCACCGUGCUGGUGUCUCUGCUCAUCACUGGCCUGCUGCUGGCUGCUGCCCUCAUCGGAGGCUACUGUCUGAAGAAACACUGCAGACACAACGCCAAGGGCAUGAGGCUGGCUGAGGAUGCGUACCCAGUGGAUGAGGAGAACCAGGGGAACACCCUGGUGUCUGUGGCUCCUCUCAACCCCCUGGAGACCCGGGAGAAGCCUGCUAACGGUGAUUCCCAAGAGGCCGCCAAGACCCAGCCCCCUCCCACCAACGGCCACUCCACCACCAACUUGGCAGACACAGAGCUGUGAAGACCCCCCUGGAACCCUUGGAGAAGAAUGAAACUUACCCCCCAUCCCUCCAACACCAACCCUUCCCCUCAGAACACGGCAGAACUCCAGCGACCCCAUCCUACAGUGGACAUCAAGGACGAAAACUGCCCCUCAUAACCCCAAUAACCCCCACAUAAACACUCCUUCAGACUCUCCAUGUCCCCCACUUCGGCUACAUACAACUCCAUGGUAAAGACAGAUAAGAUUGAUGAUGAUAAGGCUUGAUACUAAUGUGAAUGAUGAUGAUAAUAAUGAUGCCGAGGGCUGUAUCCCUGUCCCUUGGAUGCUUUCGUCAUUCAGGCCUGGAGGUUGGGCCGAGGCAGGACUGGGUGGGGAGGGAGGGUUUUACGUUGUUAAUCCCCACUGGCUCCAGGACGGCAGCUGGGGUCCCAUCAACCACGUCAUCUGCCCUGCCUGCACGUCAUCAGGUUUACAGCUUCCUUCCAAAAAUCCGUUAACCAUAAAUAGAAGCAAAGCUUCACGUUCAAUUCAAAUUUGUCCUUAGACCUUAGUUGAUCGCAAAAAAAACUAACAUCCUUAAAUCUGUUUACAAAGUUCUGAGUGGAAUAAAGGAGCGCUCUGAGCUUGUUUGUUCA